AUGAGCGACGAUCAUCUGCGACGAUGUGUGCUGGAAGAACUUCGUAAAGCUCAAGGGGAGCCACUAACACCGGAGGAGUUAUUUGAGCGUUGCGGUGGAACAAAAGCAACGAAUCUCAGCAUAGACGCAUUCAUGGCUUUCGUUGGACAGCACUGCUCACGAGCUGUAAAGGCGAUUCACGAUGCAGGUGACGAAAACAGUCUCCCCAGAUAUGCUCUUCAUGUUGACUCCUCAAGGAAAACUGGUACACUGAAGAGGAGAGCGGCUAGGUCACAGAGUCAGUCAAGCUCUCGCGGUGGUACGCCAGAUGCCGUGAAUUUUCGUUUCAACCCUCGAACGGAAGGGUUUUCAAUCUUCUGCCACCUUGUACGGAGGUUAUCAUCGAGUUCUCAGGAUGGUACCAUUAACUGGAAUGUAAUCAGAAAUCAGUACAGGAAGGAAACAGGACGACAUCUCAAUGCUGAGGAGUUGAACUCAAUGUGCGGAACUUUGAACAUGACAAAACACGACCUCCUAACCACCUACCUGUCAAGUGUCGUGGAAGUAUUAGACAGCCGUGGGCAGAUUUUGAGACCAGCGUCCCCAUUCAAUCCGAAAACUCCGAGUCCAACGUCUUCUAAUUCACGUUCAUCUCAAGAUGAGCAACAUUCACCUCUUUCUGGAGCUACAAUCGACAUGAAUAACACGGAUUCGAGUCAGGUGAGGAGAACUUAUAGGAGUGUGGUAAAAGUAGUCUGGUUACAUGCACGAAAA